UGUGGUACUUGGAGAUGUUGAGCUGGCUCCUUCCCCCCAUGUCCCUGCACACACACAGGGGCGGGUGGUGCGGGCGGGAGCGGGAGGCAGGGCUCGGCGGCGGUGGCGGGGCUCCCCCCACUCCCUGCCUGCCCGCCAACGUGCCCGAGACGCUCCUGCUGCUGGGCUGCUGCCUGCGGCCGCAGGACCCGGCCGAGCCGGGCCGAGGGGAGCGCGGGAGGCUGCUGGCGGCGGCCGAGAUGAUGGCGGAGGGCGGCGGCGGGCCGGCGCGGAGGAAGGCGCUGUCGCUGCUGGAGGCGGCCCGCUCCCGCUACGAGAGCCUGCAGAUCUCCGACGACGUUUUUGGGGAGUCGGGCCAGGACAGCAGCGGGAACCCCUUCUACAGCACCUCGGCCGACUCCCGCUCCGCCGCCUCUUCCCAGGACGAGGAGGACGACGAGGAGGACGAGGGGCGCCCGGAGGGGCCGGGCCCGCGGGGCAGGGCGGCCCGGCGCCGCGCCUCCAGGGCGGCGGCCACCCCGGCGGAGCGACGGCGGCAGCAGCGGCAGGGCGGCGGCGGCAGCGCCGUCCCGGGCGGCCCCGGCCCUUUGGAGGAGGAGGAGGAGGAGGAAGAGGAAGCGGAGAAGGGGGGCUGGACCCGGUCGCUGCGAGACGUCCCACCCCCUGACUUCAAGGAUGGCAGCGGUCCAACACGAAAAAUGCCCCAGACUGCCAGUGCCAUGGACUUUUUUCAGCUUUUUGUCCCUGACAACGUACUAAAGAAUAUGGUGGUCCAAACCAACAUGUAUGCUAAGAAGUACCAGGAGAGGUUUGGUAGUGACGAUACCUGGAUUGAUGUCACCUUGACGGAAAUGAAGGCCUUCUUAGGCUACAUGAUAUCAACCAGCAUCCACCACUGUGAGUCUGUUCUCAGCAUCUGGAGCAGCGGCUUCUACAGCAACAAGAGCAUUGCACUUAUCAUGACACAGUCACGUUUUGAGAAGAUCCUGAAGUACUUCCACAUUGUCGCCUUCCGCUCGAGCCAGACAACACAUGGCCUCUACAAAAUCCAGCCUUUUCUGGACUCUCUGCAGAAUGGCUUUGACUCUGCUUUUAGGCCUUCGCAAGCCCAGGUACUACAUGAGCCCUUGAUUGACGAGGAUCCUGUUUUCAUUGCCACAUGCACGGAGAGGGAGCUGCGCAAGAGGAAAAAGAGGAAAUUCAGUCUCUGGGUUCGGCAGUGCUCAUCCACUGGUUUCAUCUGCCAGAUUUACGUCCAUCUCAAAGAAGGGAGUGGUGCUGAUGGGCUGGAUGCUUUGAAGAACAAACCACAGCUCCACAGUAUGGUGGCCAAAAGCCUUUGUCAGAACGCCUCUGGGAAGAACUACAUCAUCUUCACUGGCCCAAGCAUUACCAGCCUGAAUCUCUUUGAAGAAUUUGAGAAGCAAGAGAUUUACUGCUGUGGGUUGCUGAGCACCAGGAAGAGUGACUGCACAGGCCUACCUCCAUCCAUGCUAAACAAUCCGGAAACACCCCAGUCCAGAGGACAGUACAGAAUAAGAAUGAAGGGAAACAUGUCCUUGAUCUGCUGGUACAAUAAAGGGCACUUUCGUUUUCUGACCAACGCCUAUUCACCGGUUCAACAAGGAGUUAUAAUUAAGAGAAAAAGCGGAGAAAUUCCAUGCCCGUUGGCAGUUGAAGCCUUUGCUGCUCACCUUAGCUAUAUCUGCAAAUACGACGACAAAUACAGCAAGUACUUCAUUUCUCACAAACCAAACAAGACCUGGCAACAAGUAUUCUGGUUUGCCAUCAGCAUCGCUAUAAACAAUGCCUACAUCCUCUACAAAAUGUCAGAGGCCUACCACGUGACAAGGUAUAGCCGUGCACAGUUUGGUGAAAGACUUGUAAAGGAGCUUCUGGGCUUGGAAGACACCUCACCCUCCCACUGAUGCAUUGUUCUUGGUGGCGUAGGCAGGGGGUGGAGGGUAAGCGGAAGAAGAUACCACACCUGGAACAGCAAAGCAAGGAAAUUGUGACACCACCAGUGCUGUCCUUACCCAAAAAUGCCAAGUGAUGCCACUAGAGAGGUGGAAACUGUUUCUAGUAGCAGCUGGAUGUAAACAUGUCCUGCAGAAAGUGCCACUGGAAAAGCUGACACGAAAUUGCAUAUGUGAAUGCCCUGUGGGAAUCUGUACACCAGAAAGAGACUUAAAUUAGUCGUCAUCUCAAUACCGUUUGUUGAACAGGGUCAUCUUGCAAAGUUCCUCUUGGGCUAGGAGCUUGUCCUAAGCUGACACAGCUCAGCAGUCCUAGGCGGGCGUUACACAAAACUCUACACCUUACUUGGAGUUACUCAAUUCUGGGACACGCAACGUAAGUCUGCACCAUGGGCUGCGGUUGAGCGCGCCGGCUGCCCUGUAAGGCAUCGCUGCUGUCCCCCCAGCGUGCUAAACAAAGCAGUCCAGAUACACCAACGCUGAAACGAGCGUGUUGACAAACAAAACCUUCACAGGCAGGCAGCCAGGAACUGAGGACUGGUUAAGACUUUUACUUUAUGUCUAUUUUUUUUUUCUCUUUCCUUUGUUUUUAUUAAUGUAAUGUAAGGCAAUUUGACCCCAGUUAGAACACAGCAAAAUUAGGAGAAACCAAAUACAUUAGUGAAUUUAAAAUGGAAACACAUUACACUGAUUUUCUUUUUUAACCAGGAUGAAACAUUUUAUACACUAACAGUGAGUAAUACUGUAAGUAUUAACAGUGAGUAAACCAGUAAGUAAUACUGCCUCACAUCUUAACUGCCACGGUCGGUGUACAGGUGAGAAAUGAAAGUAUAACAAUUAUAUUUUUGCUUGAUUUCAACUGUAUCUUAAAUGUUGCUUAAAAAUAUAAUGUAAUGGACUGUUAGGUUUUUAGGAACAACAGUUUAUUUCUUUUCCUUUUUUAACUGUCAAGACUCUUUUGGUCCAUUUUAGAACUUCAUUUGGCACACAGUCGGCAGGAAAAAAAAUAAGUCACUAAUAGCAGUGUGUUUCCCAUUAUCACUGUGGGGUGUUCUGUAGGAUUUUGUUGUGUUAGAAUUCAGGGCUUGUCACAGUAGUUGUAAUUAAGCAGAUUACAUGUUUAGCAAAAUAACAUAGCAUUGUGUUUUACAAAAAAAAAAAAAAAAAAAAAAGUCUAAUUGCAACCAGACCUUAAACCUCACUAAAACAGGGCAAGCCCAAAGAGUUCUCCUGUUCUGAGUAACACUGUGGAGGAUGAGCACCGUCAUGUGCUGGUGCCCAAGGCUGAAAUUACACGUUUCGGUGCUGGUAGAAUCUGAAGGCCACUGAAGCUUUGGAAAACAAUGUCAAGAGAAAGAGUUAUGAUUGAAACAGGGGAGAACUGGUGCUGAGGUGAAAUCCUACCCUGCCCUCUACACAUUAUCGAUUUCAGUCCACAACUGAAUCAGCAAAAAACCUGUAUUCUAAAGGUUAGCAGUGAUGGACACAAACAGAAUUGCAUUAACUUACGGGGCAGAGGCCAUGUUGUUUAGAGGGUUUUAGGUCACCAAGCCUGAAAAGUUUUACCAAAUAAUGACUUGUGUUGAUUCAAGAAGAAUGGAGUGAUUGAUUGAUUGAUUGGUUUCUUUAUUAGUGUAAACCUCACCAGGUUAUAUGUGUCUAUCUGGCAAGAGACAAAAGAGGGUAACCAACAUGAAUUUGAGAACUCUCCAGAUUUCAUCAUGAUGUGAUGUGCAAACGCAUAGCACGUAAGUCAUAACAGAGGAAGAAUCCAGCAGGGGUUAGUAAAUUACUGACUAGCCCAAAGAGCAUCCUUGCACUGACAUCUUUCUAUUUCCACCAAAGUGUUCUGGUUUUUUUUUGUUGUUGUUGUUUGUUUGAGUAGACUUAGAGGCAGAUCUCACCUGGUUGCAAGGAGAGUAAGGGGAUGGCCAACUCCAUGGUGGCUCUGCUUCCAAUCCAGCCUGGAGACUGCCCUACAUGCCCUGCUCUGCCUGCUAUCUGCGUGAUGUACAGCAGUGGGUUUCCAAGUGGAAGGGCUCUAGUCUUUGGCAAUGCCAAGCUGCACAGGGGCCCAAGGAUGAGUUCAAAACUUCUUGGCCCUGCAGAAAACUGAAACCACCCCUUUUCAGACUGAGUGUGUGUUGUAGCUGGUUCUUGUCAGCCUUGUGAGUAUUCAGAGUGGGAGAGGAGCUAGUGUGAGGCAUGAAAAGCAAAUGUUCAGCAAUACAAGCCCACAGUUUCCUUUUUUUAGGGAAUUCCACAGAGGUACCUAAAGGCAAAUGGUGUUCUUAUUGCUCCCUGCUUCAGACAAUGCCAGACUAUGUUGCAACAGGAAGAGUAGCUACAAGUUUAUUAUGUCCUGUAAAUUUAUAUGGUUGUUAAAAUCGGGGCAGUAAGGAAAGGUCUGGCUGGAACUUUGGUGAUGGGACAGCUUGAAUGAACAGUAGCUGCUGGGAGUCCAGCUUCCCUCCAUUCCUCUGCAGUGCUGGAGCAUUGGCAAGGUGUACAUGCCCACAGCAGAGAUCGGGAGGUUUGCAUGACCUCCUUGGUGCCACUUGGCACUUCUGAGGAGUAAGCACAGCGCUCUCCAGCUAGGUCGUAGCUCCCUGAGAUAGAGCUGGAAUCUUUGGCCAGUUGUAACAUUACUGUGUGUGCUUAAAGGCUUAGGUCUAGGCCACCCUGUACAGAAAAUGCCUUUUCUUUUUCAGGUGACAGUAGGUCCAAGGCCUUGGAAUGUUUAAUUUUCCACUAACGUAUGCUGUUAAUUAUGUGGAUUACUUGAGCUAAAAUUGUGAGGUCCUAGCUUUUUGCCUCAGGGACUGGGUCCUGAGUAGUUUUCCCUAGAAUUGGUGUUGCUGGGGGAUUACACAGUGGCUGACUAUUACAGGGAAGAUGCUUUAGUCUCCUUUGUAAAGGAGAAAAAUUAAGACAAAAUUAUAGCUUUGCAAUGAAUUUCAUUUUCUUAGCCUUAACCAUCCUUCAUCAUAUUGAACUGGUGCCCUAAACAUGCACAAACAUUCCAUAAGCAAGCAAAAAUAUUUAUAUAUAUUUGUAUGUAGAAAAUGCCUGAAAUUUGCUUCUGGAAGCCAACAAACAAAAGCUACCAAAGCAUAGUCUGUAUCCACAGAUGAUUAUUCCACCUCAUCUUCUCCGUCUAUUGACUGGGAGUGGAUAGGGUUGGGGAAAGUUAAGAUUUCUCCUUGUUGAAAAAGGAUCUUGCACUUUCUCUAUGUUACUCCAAAUGAGGCAAAGUAAUUAAGGAAGAAAUUGAAUCAUUUUUAAAAGGCAGAAGUUUGUUAACUACAGCUCAGCUUCUGUAGCGUUUCCUUUACUGCAUACUGGCAGAUUUGGUUCCCCACCUGCUUGUAACGUUAAAGCUUUUCCCUAGUUAAAGGGGAAAAAAAUAAAAGGGGGGGUUUAUUCUCAAAUUAGUACAAGGAUGCUAGUCAUAGUGUGUCCGUAUGUGUUAAUUGUGCAAUGGCUUGUGAAAUAAUAGCAACUUUGAGUUGUGUCAGGGGAGUUUUUUGUAGCCUUGGGACAAUCUGGGUAAGAGAUCUUAUAGCUCACUGGUAGCUAAAAUGCAGUGGCAAUGCCAGCUGGGUCACAGAGGAAUGUCUCUACAUUUUUUGAGGGGGGGUGGUGGGGGAAGUUUGAAGCGUAGACAAGGGAGCAGCAAGGCUUGUUUCUCUCCUGAUGAAUUGAAAUGUCAUUCACACAUACUUCUGAAAACUGAAAAUCACUUACUUAUGGUAUGCAAACUUUGUUUCAGAGAACUGAGGCCAUCAGUAAGACAUACUGACCACCUUCUAUGCACAAUACUUCUUUAAAGAAAUGUCUGUUGUGCCACGAUCCAUUCUUGGAAAACAUUGCUUUUCCCAGUGAGCAGUGCAGCACUCACUAGAGCUUAGAAGCCACCAUGAAAUGGUUUCCACUGCUGUUGUCUCAGUUGAAAAAUGCUUCAAGGGCUUGCAGAAACUCUGCCACUUUUUACUUCAGCCUGUUUGUGCACUUGACACUAGGGCACAAUUUAAAGAAAUCUCAUCUCCAUUUUCCAUUUCUGUUCUCUAGCCCCAAACCUUUCUACAUUUACAAGGUAGUCCGAGAAUCCCACUUUGUAGAAGUCUCAGUGUCCCUAAUGGGUACAACUUCGUUUUCUUCAGAAAUUCCUAGAGAAAAAUUCACAUAGCUGUUUCCAGACUGAUGUUAAAGACAAACUCAAAACAACAUUCCCAUUCUUGACCUCCAGUUAAACUUCUAUGGCUUUUUUGGGGGGGGGGUGAAGAGGUUUUUUUCCUUCCAACAUUUAUUUACUAGACUGUCUUGAGAUGGCAAGUAGUGGAAGGAGCCUCCCAUAUCUCAGUCUCACAUGUCUUAGUCACCUAGUCCUAGAACUGAUUUUAGUGAUGAGAGGGGGAUUAUGCUGCGCUGAUAAUUCUGCACAUCUGUGCUACUUCCCAUGCAAGGAUUGCAAAGUGCUUUAAGAACCUUAGCACUCAUGAGACCUCAUUAGCUCCUCAAAUAGGAGCUUCCUUAAUCCCUUCCCCUUCCCUAAUCAGAUACCAAGGCACAGCACAGGUAAGGGGGUGAUGAAACUGUAAAGUGGAGUUUGCACUCUUGCUGAUUAAGUCCAUGUUCUGCAUUUUCAGCGGCUUGGGUUUUGUUCAAAUGAACUUUUCCAAACUAGAAAUGAAACCAUGCAGAACACCGUUUCACCCUGAAGUAAGGGCCGAGGGACUUUGUCAGCACAGGUUCCUUACUCCGUAUAAGCUAGUAUGAGUCAAAACCAAGUUGCACUGAAGGUAAGAGAAAACUGGGUAGAACACAGCAGCCCAACCUGCCUAGAGGAGAUAAAUGGAGAAUCUGAAGGUCUGCUGUAGUCUAGCAAUCAGUGUGAAAUUCAGACAAAUAAUUACUAAGACUUACUUGAGAAAAGUCACUGAGGCUUAGAUGGAAUAUGAAGUCUUCCAUCCAUCUCUGUUGUGGAGUUUGCCAUGGCACUUUAUUGUUGCUAGGACUGAUGUGAGAUUAGUUAUUUGUAAAACAAGAGCUCAUCUCAGUCUGGUUGAGAGCACUGAAGUGUCAAAGGACUGUUAGCAACGUCUCACAAAGGCAAGGAUCUUCUAAGCUCAAACCAUGUAUAUAUUUGGCCAGUCAUUAAUUAGGAUAUUUUGCACAGACAGAUCACAUCAUCACCUGCUCAAAUGCAAGCCUAUCACCAGUGCUACUUGAUAGAUACUCCUUCUUGUAACCAUCAUCCCAAACCUACCUUUGUUUGAAGAAGCAUUGUAAACUGGAACUGGAAGAGCCCCCGUAUCAUCAUCGCACUGUUGGGAAACAGUUGAGACUAUCUGUGGUUUGUACAUAAAGGGUCUCUUCCUCUUCUUUUGAGAGAUGGCUUUGUGUCUGCAGAAAUCUAGCCCUGGAGACUUUUCUGGCCAUAUGUUUUCCUUUGCUUCCCUCAUUCCUUAGAUUUAGAGCACAUCCAAGUCAUCCUGCAGGUUCUUGGUCAGUCUGGAAGAAGGAACACAAAAUUGGCCUGUUAGUUUACGUUUAUAGUAUUACUUUGCUGAUCCUUUCUGCUAUUUUGCAAGUCUCAGUUGAAACAGGGUAUUGUUUCAGAAGCCUAUACUGAUUGCAAUCACUGUGAAGGUGUUGCCUGCUUUGCCCCAUUAGUGCUGCCCGUCAGGUUUGUAUGGACCCAAAACAGGUAUCAGCAUCACUGCUCCCAUCGGAAUGGCUGUAACAUUCCUCAGCUUUGGAUCGCUGUCAAAGAGGGGCCUUUAACAUGGUCUGGGGAGUUUUUUGGUGUUUUGGUUUUCUUUAAACCCUUCCCCUCUGAUGGGUCUGGUGAACAGCUGUUAGGUAUCAUAAAAAGGCCUUAAGUGGUAAAUCCCUUUUGUAUCACUCUUCUGAGGUAAUAAUUGCUUGUAUUAGAUGUCAAGGUGAUCCACACAAUGUGUAGUGCAAAAAUAUUUUUCCAUGAGAGCAUCACCCUGCAUCACCAGUGCUCAUUUGCUGUAACUGCAACAGCCCUUGAACGCGUGGGGCACCUGGACGAAGAACCUAGUGGGAAAGGACCGUAACACCGUCCUGUAGAGCCACGACGUGCAGGACCCGAUUGGAUAAACAAGGAGGGGAAAGAUGAGAGAUUUGGGAUCUAAGCUCCUUGAAUAGACAGACUUCAUAGUCAAGCUGGUCUGCUAAGUUUUACUAGAGAAGGGAAGAUGCCAGGCCCGUACAGUUUGCUUCCAGACCUGGCAACUCUGUUUCUAAAACAAAGAAGCUGGCAAAUGCUUUUACUCUUCAAGUAUUUAGAGCAUGCUCUGGACUGCAAACAGAGCAUUUUGUCCUAUUUUCACUAGUUACCAAAAAAAGCCUAGGAACCAAAAAGCCAAGCCCAGUACACUAGGUUCAUCUGUCCAGAACCCCAACUCACUUGAUGUCAGAGUAACUUUGUGGUCUUGUUCUCCAAUUAAUCCGUGUCAAUGUGUAUGCAAAACAUGACUGCUGAAAAAUUCACCCCUCUCUAUGAAAUGGUUACUCAUUUGAUGGAAAACAAAGUGCAGGUGUCUUAGACUUACUUUUGCAACCUGGAUUUUUCUUCUAGUUGUAAGCCAAAUCUUUGCCUGGCAUUUCAAUACUGGAAUGAAAAAUAACUUCACCCCGUGGUCUGGGGUGAGAUUAGAGACAACAAAACUCAGAUUUAUGCCAGAGAUUAAUCUGAUUCAGUGUAGAUGAGGCUAAUCGGCCGUGUCUGGCAGAAGGAGUCGAAGGCUGUGGCCAGGCCGCCCCGGCCUUGCAGUCGGGGCGCUGCCGUGUGCCGGCUCAGCGCGGACGUGACAGGCCGAGGAAGCGCCGUGGUAGGAACGGGGACAGCGGGGAUUCUGGAAAAGGGAUCUCCCCCUCUGUGUUUUGUUAUUUAUUUUCAGUAUGUGCAACUUACAUUCCAUCAAAUGCAGUGACUGUACCAGGUGCAAAGACAGGCCUGAGCUGGCCGACUGCUUUCAGGACGACUCCAGCGGGCUGUGCUCACAACAUCAGCGACCGCGAUUCUGUUGCAAAUUCCAUAUUCUUUAUAAUUCUGAAGAUUUCUGUUGAAAGUGUAGAUUCCAGAGGUAAAGCAUACACUGCAGUUACUUUUUUUUUUUUUCACUUUUUUUUUUUUUAAAAAAAAAACCCACUUCUCAGAGCAAUUUUGUAACAGCCAAGUCUUUCAGGAAAUGCAGGUGUGUGACCUCCUCACAGUAAGAGAUACACAACUGUGUUUCUGCAUGGGACAGGGAACUACUACUUUUGUGACACCAGUUUUGUUCUACACAAAAGCACGCUUGCAAUAAAUUUUUACAAGUUUUGUACGCCAUGAGCUAAAUUCUGAGUUCCAAAAAUGUGAAGUGUGGCAACAAUAACAAAAUGGAUUUAUAGUAUCACUCUGAUAUCUUGUCAUGUGAUUUUAUUUCUUCAACAAAGUUUGUUUACAAUCAACAACUUUGAAAUACAGUCAGAUAUAUUACC